AUGCCACCAUUCACCAUACAGCAGUGUGCGAUCCCUGCAGUGACAUUCCUCAUCUGUAUAAUAGCAUAUCCAUCGCAUUGGCUACUUCGCCAACUCGGUCCUCAGCCCCUGACCGGACAGCAGUCGGUCAUACUCCAUGUCUAUGCCUUGGUGAUCUUCUUUUGCUAUUACAAGGCAUGCUUUACAGAUCCUGGCAGAAUACCAAAAGACUGGGUGCCAAAGCAGAGCGAGAUACUCAAAGGCCGUCGUUCUCAAGACGAACGACAACGGCAGAGAUGGUGUCGCAAAUGUCAGGCUUAUAAACCGCCACGAGCUCAUCACUGCAAGACAUGUGAAAGAUGUAUUCCUAAGAUGGAUCACCACUGCCCCUGGACAGCCAAUUGUGUCUCGCACACUACCUUCCCGCACUUUGUUCGAUUCUUGUUCUAUGCCGUUGCUGGUAUGUCACAUCUUGGCUGUCUCCUCUGGUCGAGAAUGUACCAUCUAUGGACGCAGAGAGAGCUGCCCAGUUACUUCGGACCAAGCCCCAUGCUGCUUUUCGGCCUUUUCUUCAUGACCGCUUUGAACUCUGUUGUCGUCUUUGCACUGUUCGUCCUGCUUCUUCGCACUUUGUGGUGUCUUGGAGCAAAUACAACCACCAUCGAAGGCUGGGAGAUCGAGAGACAUGAAACACUGCUUCGUCGUGCUAAGUAUCUUGGUGGAGUUCUCGAAGGGCCGAACGGAGCAAAGGUUCGCAUCACGAGGCAAGAGUAUCCGUGGGACAUUGGUAUCUUUUCGAACAUCGCUCAAGGCAUGGGAAGCUGGAAUCCUCUUGCCUGGUUCUGGCCCUUCUCAUUUACGCCAUCCAUAGAGAGUGGUCUUGAGUUUGAGGACAACGGUCUUGAAGCUCCUGGCACUACGUGGCCUCCACCAGACCCGGACAGAAUGUUCCGCAUGGCACCCACAGAAAGAGCUUACGAUCCAGCCAACGCUUUCACUCAUUCUAUGGAUCCGGACGAGUUCUACAAGAGGCAGCAAGCCGAUCAGACGCGCCGUUUCGUGGCCACAGACACUUUAGAGCUUCGACGAAGACAGCCUUUUCACAUACGAUAUGACCAGAAAAACGUUCAGAAACGUCGCAACGAAGACUAUGCUUACGGCACUGACUACGAGUCGGGUAAUGAGGAACAUGAUGAGAAAGAGGAUCAAUGGGCGACUAAACCGGGUGAAGGUGAAGAAGGUUGGCGCAACUCCGAGGGCGAGAGGUUGAACGACUUCGGCGUCGAUGAAGACGUCGAGUUCUACGAUGAGGACGAGGUGCCGCUUGCUGAGCUGAUGAGGCGGAAGAAUCUAGCCAAUGAUAGUUCGACAUAUUGA